ACUUCCCAACAUGCAAUACCACCUGAUGGUUCCGUGAAGCCCGGGCAGUCUGGCGGCGCAUUACUUAUUACAUAACGUAUCCAUACGAGGAGGACGGCUAGUUUGGUACGUAUAUUAGACUUUACGCACCUAACCUACCUGGCAGGUAGGUAGUCCCCCUUUGCAUUCCUAGAUUCCUCUCCUGUUGCAAGGAGGUGUCUAGCAUCCCAUCGAUAGAUCGCCCUUUUACCAUGCGCGCGUGCGCCAUGCACAUGCAGCAAUCACGAGCCGGCCCUUAAGUUCUCAUUCCGAUGCGCACAAGGGGGGUAAACGCGCAGAAACGCUUCCGACCUCUCGGUUCGUGGGCCGGGCUGCGCCACGCUAUUGUGUCCAGCCGGGCUGGUCAAGCAGGCCUGCUGGUGGUAGCGGUGGCGGUCCCGUACGCGUCUUGCGCCGACGGUUCCCUCGUUCUCAUACGUGGAAUUCUGCGCAGGUGCGUAAGUAUGAUGCACACAGGCGCUCCGGUACGUGCGCGGAUGUAAGCACCCUUAACGAUAAAUCUAGAUGCGAGAAGAGGCGGGUCCGUCCGUUCUGUCGUUCGCUAUUUGGCGGCGUCUCGGCGAUGGCCAAGCUGCGGGUGAUCGGGACUUGGAAUGCCUGCAGGGACUAUAUACGACAAGUGAUUUCGCAGGGAGAGAGGGGGGGGGGGGUUCCAUACGUUUACUCAUAUACCGUGUGCACACAGAGGCCUAGGCACAUGUAUGGGUGCGUUAUCGGUUCGGCAGGCGACGCUAUCGAUGCUGUAUACGGGGCUCGAAUACGAGGAUCCGGCAGGUCGUUACCAGGCGGUCGGCUUUGUUUCCGACCAGCAGGCGACGGCGUUCCCCGUAGCCGAGUUGGGCAGUUGUUGUCCGUUUGUGAAACGGAGGAUUCGCCCAUAUAUACGCGCCGCCCAGCCCAUGUUGAACGAUUGUCUGAAACAAACGCUGCAAAUAUCCAACAGGCGGCACGCCUCACAUAUAGCACUGUUUACGUGUACAGCCCAUCGGAAUCGUGCACUGCUCGCCUACCCUACUCGCCUGCCCUGCUGGUAGGCGUCGCCUCUCGGCACUGGUAUGCUGGAUCGGGGGAUUCUGAGACUGAGCGUGGCCAACAGGAGGUACGCAACGCGUGCGUCUUCUGUGUGUAUGAUGUAUUUAUUGAAGAUAGGGGUAGAAAGACGCAGAAACAAACACGCAACAAAGCAACUACGUAUACGUAGGAGGUAGGCGGGCAGGUAUCUACAUAGCUACAUACACAGUGAAGGGAGUGGCGCUCGACGCAGGGGCAAAAGGACAGGGUUACGGAUCCUGAUUGGGUCGAUCGGCGGCUCCACCUAGACACUCCACCCCCUCGGGACCAACCAAGAUGGAGCCACCCGAGAAAUGCCAG